UAAAACUAGACGCAAUUACAAUACUGCUAACAACCUAACACACCUAUUUUUGGAAGAGCCUAUUAUCGGACAUCGGUAUCUUCUAUCAUCCCUAAUAAUUUCUAACCACAAAACUAGACUAGAGAGUACAGUAUAAGUAACAAUACUAUUUUACUAACAACCUAACAUCUAUUUUCGGAAGUCUAUUAUAGAACAUUGGUAUACCCCAUUAUCCAUCAUCCUACUAACUACUAACCUAAUGUGAUCUUACUCUUCUCAUGUUACUACUACUGCUUGAAGUGGAGGCAGCAAUAAAAAAUGACAUUAUGAGCCCUUCUAUGUAUCAAAUGUAACAAAACAUUUUCUAAGUACAAAACUCUAGUCCUAUCAUUAACCUAAGGGGUCAUCCUUUUAUGACAUCCACAACAAUUUUGGAUUUUAGACCUCCCCCUGUCCACUUUUGACAAAAUAUCAAAAGUAGAAUCUAGAGGUCUUUAUUUUAAAACGAGUAAUCUCGUCUUAAUUUCACUUUGUACAUGCAGGAUAAGAAUUUUAUAUUUGUUUUGAAGCGUUUGUACUUUGACAUUAAGUUUAACCUAUGGGCAUCGACCUGAACACCCCCAACCACCCCGUCCACAUGCGUCGAUUUUUUGGGACCUCUCUCUGUGUGGACGUCAUAAAUGGAUCACCCCCAAUGUAGAUCCUGACCAUUACUUUAACCCUAUUUAAUAUCUAUCAUCAUCAUUUCCUGUUCGUGUCCAAGACACUUGGAGCAGAUAAAGUAGAGUUCAUCUGCUUCAGAGACCUUGGCAUAUGAGGGGAUCGUGUGGUCAGCACUAUGCCCAGCCGCCUUUAUUUCCCUAACACAGGUAGGCACCCAUCAGAGCUGGGUGGACUCAGGGACGCUCCACUGAAUUGACCACGGAUUCAAACUUGAAACUCUCGGGUGAGCAGUCUAGUUCUCUACCGCUAGGCAACACCUUCCCAUUUUUAAGAUCCAUACUGAUUGAAAAACCUUGAAAAAUAUAUUUAUUUUCCCAUUACCAGCUGAGUUGUUCUCUCUUAGGCUAGGCGCCACCAUAAAAUGAAAGCAGAGACUCUCUUAAGACUGAUAAGUGUAUGUUUUGUUGAAAACAAUUUUUUUUAAACUAGUCUCUAACAGCAAAAAAAAAAAAAAAAUCAUCUAUGGCUGGACAUGGGAUGAAGCCGCCGCCUCUUAAUUUAGCUGCUGUACACAAAUUUGACAAAGCAGCUCUACGAAAAACUGAAACAACCAUCACAAAUCCAGAUGGGAGCCGCAUUAUUGAAGGAAAAGAUGACCAAGGGAUUCCUUAUCGAAGAGCAUCAGACAGUAGUCAACAUGGAUUUGUUCUGGACACUUCUGAAGAUUUACAAGUUGCUGAAGUCAGACCAGGCUUAUUGAUGGGUUCCCAAGAUGUGGCUCAUGAUCUCGACACCCUGCAGAGCCAUGGAGUUACUCAUAUUCUUAAUGUUGCCACAGGAAUAGAAAAUAUGUAUCCAGACAAAUUUACUUAUCAGACUCAAGAAUUUCUUGACUUACCAGAGUUUCCAAUCUUUAAAGGUUUUGAAAAUGCUAUAGACUUUAUUGAUAAAGGUAGAAAUUCAAAUGGGUGCGUUCUUGUUCAUUGUAACGCUGGAAUCUCCCGCUCAGCUGCCAUAGUAAUGGCGUAUCUCAUUAAAAAGGAGGGUAUGUCUGUAAAUGAAGCAUUUUCAUUUCUUCGGUCAAAACGUCCUGCUACCUGUCCAAACCCAGGAUUUAUGAUUCAGUUACAGAAUUUGUAUGACUCCCUUCAUCCAAAGGCUUCAUAACUUUAACAAGCAAUAACCAAAUAUGAUAUUUUAAAUUUAUUUAAUGAUGUGUAAAUGAUAAUACUCAAGUGUAGUAAUGCAAUUUUGUAUAUUUUACUGAAGUUUUUAAUGUACCCACUUAACUAACUAGGGAAUUUUAAUUUCAGUUUAAUUAUUGAAAGCAUUCAAAAUUUAGUGGAACCUCUAUGUUUUAAUAAUGUACACGUUCCUAUAGUUAGUUCCAGAUCUAUUCAUUUUUGACAUCUAUUGGAAACUAAUUUUAUACCCCCCCCCCCCCUUUUUUUUCCACACACACUUUGGGCACUGCAGCCCCAUCCUCCCUAUAAGAACAGCCAUAAAAAUAUAAUAGACCCAUCACGACUUACUUAAAAUACACUAAUCCAAUAACAUGCGAAUGUGUAUUUCUGUUGCUUUGGUGGAUUGUUUUUUUUUUAAGAUAAAAAGUUAUACAUUUAAAUGGUGGUUUACUGUUCUGUGUUGUAGCAUCAUGUACAUUAUGUCUAUUGAUGUUAAAUUAAACAUGUCAUGCUUUACCUCCCCCCUCCCCCAAGUCCAUAUACAACAAGGAAAUCAUAAAUCGGUGAUUCCCUUAAAAUAAAACAGCUUAAUAUAAAUUUAAAAUAAAGUGAAUGUGUACAAUCAAUAAAUAUUUCAAUAUAUUACCUAUUGCAUCAUGCUAUGUUUGGCAAUGUUUACUAAAAAGCUAAAACUAAAAAUUGAAGAUACACAUCAAAAUCAUCUCAAUUUUUUAAAUAGUACAAGGUAUUGAAUGACGUCAGUGCUGAAGCUGCCAGUGUAUAGGAAUGUAAUCACCAGGGAAGUAGUCAAUUCAGUUGUACUUAAAUUUGGUGCUUACAUUUCUCAUGCUUUUUAAAAAAGUAAUUUUUAAGUAUUUAUUUGUUAAAAUAUUUUGACUUAAAUAUAGAGGUUCCACUGUUUUAAAUUUUUUAAUUGUAAACAUUUUACUCUUUCUGUAGAUUUUUUUUAUAUUUUUUGUUUGAAAUACAUUUUAUUUGAUUAAUACAGUUAAUAAUGAUUGACAUUAAUUGUUUUUUUUUGCACCCAUUAAAAAACAUCAGCUAAAUGUUAAAGGCAGCACAACAAUUUUUUUGUCAGGCCUUUAGUUAGCAGUCGUAAUGUUGUUCAAAAUAUUUGUGGAAAAUACUUGUUGUUGAAUGAUAUUGCACUACAUACAUUAAAUGAGUUAUUUAUUUAUUUAUUAUAACAUUUUCCUCUACUUAUUAUUCAUAAAAAUACCUUAGCAUUUGAACUUGCAUUUUAGUAUAUUAUCUAACAUUUUUAAGGUUUUUGUUUUGUAUUUCUGAAACAUCCUUGCUUUAAACCUUUUUUUUAAAUGUUUACUGCCACUAGGUUUUUCAAUGUAACAAUAUAUUUUUUUAAAUUCUUGACUAGAUAUUUGGCAGGAUAAACAUAUUGAAAAUAUGUUUUUUUUUUAAUGAAUGUUAAUAUUUCUAUCACCUUACAUGUGGAUAAAAAAUUUUUUGGAAAUUAAACAA